CACCUCGUUGGCUUCCAGAUUACGAGAAGUAGGUAGGUAUAGUAGCUCGGCAUGGGCCACCCCACUGCUCGCCUCCGCCUUGCUUUCCUCCUCUGUUUCUUGCUGCCGCUCUCCGGCUGCCGCGGCCGCGCGCACGCGGCGGCGUUCCCGGCUUCAGCGCUGGUGGCCGAGGCGGUAGAGCGCCACCACCGGCUACGCAUUGCGCUCAACGCGACGGCGGUGCACGUGGGGAAGGCCCUCGAUGCCCUCACGGGCGCCGCCGUCGCGCCGGCCUCCGGGGUGACGCCGCUCUCGGCGGGCUACACGUCGCCGCUCGCCGCCACGGCGCACGACGACUGCGCGGAGCUGCUGGAGGACUCCCUCGACCUCCUGGCCGGCGCCGGGGAGCCGGGCGCCGCUCACGACGACGCGCUCACGUGGCUCUCCGCCGCGCUCACCAACCACGACACCUGCGCCGACAGCCUCGAGGAGGCCGGCAUCGCCGCCGACGCGGUCGCCACGCCGCACCUCGCCGCCGCCCGCGCCAUGGUCAGCGACUGCCUCGCAAUGUACGCGGAGGCCGCGUCGGCGACCUUGAGCGCCAACAGCAAGGACGGCCUCGGCGGCGUCCCCGUCUGGAACGGCGCCAACGGCAAAGGCAAGAGCAAGAAACAGAGGAAGAGAAGCUUCUUCCCAAGGUGGCUUACGGCGAGGGACCGGAGGCUCCUGCUGGGCCCCGCCGAGCCAUUGGUCGAGAACGCCGACCUGGUGGUGGCGAAGGACGGCACGGGGACGCACAGGACGAUAUCGGACGCGGUGAAGGCAGCGCCGGAGCGCAGCGAGCGGCGGACGGUGAUACACGUGAAGGCCGGGCGGUACGACGAGAACGUGAAGGUGGGGAGGAAGAAGACGAACCUGGUUUUCGUCGGCGACGGCAAGGGGGUCACCGUGGUGUCCGGCGGCCGCAGCGUCGCCGACAACUACACCACGUUCCACACCGCCACCUUCGCGGCGUCGGGGAGAGGGUUCAUGAUGAGGGACAUGACGGUGGAGAACUGGGCGGGGCCGGCGAAGCACCAGGCGGUGGCGCUGCGGGUGAGCGCCGACCGCGCCGCCGUCUACCGGUGCAACGUCGUCGGCUACCAGGACACGCUCUACGCGCACUCCAACCGCCAGUUCUACCGCGACUGCGACGUCUACGGCACCGUCGACUUCGUCUUCGGCAACGCCGCCGCCGUGCUCCAGCGCUGCAACCUCUGGGCCCGCGCGCCGCUCCCGGGCCAGAAGAACACCGUCACCGCCCAGAACCGCCGCGACCCCGGCCAGAGCACCGGCAUCGUCAUCCACGCCUGCCGCGUCGUGCCCGCCCCCGACCUCGCGCCGCCGCCGCCGCCGCCCGCAUCACCGGCGCCGGCCGUGGCGCCGGCCGAGGCGCUGGCGCCGACGUACCUGGGGCGGCCGUGGAAGCUCUACUCGAGGGUGGUGGUGAUGAUGUCGUACAUCGCCGGGCACAUCCCGCCGGAGGGGUGGCUGGCGUGGAACGCCACGUUCGCGCUCGACACGCUCUACUACGGCGAGUACAUGAACUACGGGCCUGGGGCCGGGGUCGCCGGGCGCGUGGCGUGGCCCGGCCACCGCGUCAUCAACGACUCCGCCGAGGCGGAGCGGUUCACGGUGGCGCGGUUCAUCUCCGGCGCGUCCUGGCUGCCGGCCACCGGCGUCUCCUUCCUCUCCGGCCUCUCGCUGUAGCAUCACGUACCAUAUCUGGAAUGUAGAAUUAAUUCCAUGCACGUACGUACUUAAAUAAUCGUAUUACAUUGAUUUAUUGUAUAUUCGUAAUGGCUGGAUGGCGCGAUUCGAU